ACAAUGACAAAUCGAUGACAAAAGCCCUGAAUCACCCACAUGUUAUUUCGAAAUAUCAGGUAGCUUGCCUGGGCAUGUCGAAAAUUGACCAAUAAAACCCACCUGACCUGAUUAUUUGAUAGAGAACCCGGAACACGGUCGAUGUGACUCCUAGCUGGCCUUCUACACAAUAUCACCAGUUGGUACAUUUUAUGUACACACUUAUUAGGCACGCCGUCACCAAGAUUGCCUUGGCCCCUUACAAGGAAUUCCCUGGCGCAAGAACCUCAUUGACAAGUGCAGUCCUAGUAAAGCAAUCAAGUGGUGAUAAAAGAUUGUUACCUCCAAAACGAAGACUGAUAUUUCCUUCAAAGAGAGGCCUUACAGAACAAAGUCUUUGCCUUACAACAGGAAAACAUUACAAAGGCCUACCACAGAUAAUUUUCGCAAAGGGACUUUGUAUAACCGAAGACCACGACAUGGCGGAUAAUAAAUUUUGCGCAGAUUAUGAUAAAAGAGGAAUGGCGUCCUGUAAAAAAUGCAAACAGAAACUUACAAAGGGUCAGAUGCGAUUAGGAAAAGUGACGGUUAAUCCAUUCAGUGGCGAUAGCGGCGGUGAUAUGAAACUCUGGCACCAUCCUCAGUGUCUGUUCGACACGUUCCUUCGCGCUCGUGCCACGACCAAGAUCAUCGAGGAACCGAGUGAUCUUGAGGGCUUUAACGAUCUACAAGACGAAGAUAAGCAGGCUAUUAGAGAUCUAAUUGCAGCUCAUGAAGCAAAGAAGGGUUCGCCUGCCAAGAAGAAAACUCCAGCAAAGGCAAAAACUACCCCUGCAAAGACUACCCCUGCAAAGACCACCCCAAUCAAGUCGCCAGAUCCGAAACAGACUCUGCUCACACCUGUCAAGAAGGCCGAAUUCAAAAGUGAUUCUGAUGAUGAUGGUCCAAGCACCUCCAAAGCACCAAUUGACCCUGAUGCAGAGAAAGACAACUCGUUUCGGCAGUACAGACGCAUUUGUGCGGAAAUUGCCGAGGAGAGCAGUUACACUGGGAAGACCAAGAUCCUCUCGGAAUAUCUCAAAAGAGGCAGUGAUGGGGAUGGUUUUAAAGGUGAUGUGUAUGUGCUGCUGAAGUUAUUGCUGCCAGGAUCCGUCAAGAGGGUUUAUAACUUGAAUAAUAAGAAUUUGAUCAAGCUUUUUAGUUCGAUAUUCCAUGUGAGCUACCAGGAAAUGCUAACAGACCUAGAGAAGGGAGAUGUUGCUGAAACAGUCAAGGACUUCUUCGAACAGAGUACCAAACUUCCCCCAAGCAAGAAGAGCACUUUAUCAUUACAAGAAGUCGAUGCGUUCCUGGACGACCUAGCCACGUUGACAAAAGAUGACGAACAGACCCGGGCUCUAAAGCACAUUUCUAAGAAAUCGACAGCCAACGACUUAAAGAUGGUUGUACGGCUUAUCAAGCAUGAUCUCAGGAUUAAUGCUGGAGCGAAACAUAUCCUCGAAGCCCUUGAUCCAAAUGCUUACGACGCAUUCCAAGCAUCUCGUGAUCUCAAAGAUGUCGUGACAAGAGUCCAGAAGAAUAAAGAUGAUGCCCAGGGAAAAUUUGGCCUGCAGAAAAAGCUGAGCGUUAGGGCGUCGCUGAUGACACCUAUUCUGCCCAUGUUGGCAGAGGCAUGCAAGUCCAUCAGUUACGCCUUUAAAAAGUGUCCUAACGGCAUGUAUUCAGAGAUCAAGUACGACGGAGAAAGGGUCCAGGUCCACAAGAAAGGCAACGUCUUCAACUACUACAGCAGGAGCUUGAAGACCGUCCUACCUCACAAGGUCCAGCACUUCAAGGACUACAUCCCCAAGGCAUUCCCGGGAGGCAGUGAUUUGAUUCUCGAUGCUGAAGUCUUGCUGAUUGAUACCAAGACUAGCAAACCUUUACCGUUUGGUACACUCGGAAAACAUAAGAAAGAGGCUUUCAGUGAUGCCAAUGUCUGCCUGUUCAUAUUUGACUGCAUCCAUUUCAAUGGCGAAGACCUCAUGGACAAGCCCAUAAAAACCAGGAGGAAAUUUCUUCGUGAGAACAUGAUCGAAAUUCCCAACAGAAUCUUGUUCUCGGAGAUGAAACACAUAACGGUGCCCUCUGAUCUCAAUGACAUGCUUGUGCGAGUCUUCCGUGAAGGUCUCGAAGGAUUGGUCCUCAAAGAUGUAAAUGGCACCUACGAACCUGGUAAACGACAUUGGUUGAAGGUGAAGAAGGACUACCUCUCUGAAGGAGCCAUGGCGGACACUGCUGACCUGGUUGUGCUUGGCGCUUACUUCGGCUCGGGAAACAAAGGUGGUAUUAUGUCGGUAUUCCUGAUGGGUUGUUAUGACCCAGAUAACGACUGCUGGAAGACUGUCACAAAGGUCUCGGGUGGACACGAUGACAAAACGUUAGACCGAUUACAGGGAGAGUUGGACAUGAUCAAAAUCAGCAAAGAUUAUUCCAAGAUUCCAAGCCAUCUGAAGAUAUCGAAGGCAGCCGUUCCAGAUUUUAUCAUAGCCAAUCCUAAGAAAGCCCAAGUGUGGGAGAUCACAGGGGCCGAGUUCAGCAAGUCUGACGCACAUACAGCUGACGGCAUCUCAAUCAGAUUUCCAAGGGUCACAAAAAUCAGGGACGAUAAGGGCUGGGAGGAAGCUACGAACUUAAAACAACUGAAGGUUUUGUUCAAAAAGUCCAAAGAGUGCUCAGACAUACCAGAUGCCAUAGGAGGUCACAAAGGCACGCCCAAGAAGGGGGGUGCAUCAGCAUCCCCAUCACCGUCACCAUCGCCUUCUCCAUCGCCAUCCCCAUACCACACCCCCAUCAAGAGGAAAGCAGAUUCUUCCCCUGAGCGGACACCAGUCAAAAGGUCAAAGCAAGUGUGUAAAUAUGGAGCUAACUGUUACCAGACCAACCCAGAUCACCUUGCAAACUUUGACCACCCCAAGAAGACCACACCAGAGUCACCUGCCAAGAAAUCUAAGCAUCUUGCAGACGUAUUCACUGGACUGAAAAUCUACCUACCAGAGUCCGUCGAAAAAUACAAGGAACUCCGACGAUUUAUUAUUGCGUUUGACGGAGAACUCGUAGAAGAGUUCGAUAUUUCAAAUGCGACCCAUAUCGUGGCUGAUAACGGUGCAAAGAAUGGACAUGAUGCGGCCGAUGCCAUUCCAAGUGUCACGACAGACUGGCUGUGGUGUUGUAUUCGUGAAAAGAAAAUGGUUCCUCUGACCAGUAGUUAACCUACAUGUAUGUUUUGAACAUGACAGGCAUUGUGACUUAUACAUGUCGAUGGCAAUAGAGAAACUGUAUCAAACAAGAAAAUGGCAGCCAGGCUUUAGACAUUGUUGGUUGGUUUUACAUUUACACGUACGUGUAUAGCGAUUUAUGGAGUUUCAGGCCUACAUUUCUUGCAUUAAAUUGGCAUUAAAGGUAUUUGCAUUGGUCAAUUGCCGCAAGUUGUCCACUAACUUGGUUGGACAACAGGUGCAGAGAUCCUAUUCAGAAGUUGAAUGUUGACAUACAACAUGAAAUGUCCGCAUGAUGUUUGGAGUAUUUUAGUUCAUGGGAGGUGGCUCUCUACACCACAUUCUACCUUUUACACUUACAUGCAGUAACUGUGAGUUUCAGCCAGGAAAUACCUUGUGCAGACCACUCAUUUGAACCUAUAUACUGUUUGUAGCAUUUAUCACACUUGUAUUUAGGCUAGUAUUACAGAACGCACAUGUACAUGUACUGUAUAUAUUUGUAUGUUUCCUAGCUGUGUGUGCUCUUGCCUGGUCCAAGUAGGUGUUGCACUGUACAUUUUCUUUAGAUGAUGAGUUGAGAUCAGAGCAUCCAGUAACUAUCUAAGAUACUAAAAAUGUACAUGUACAUGUACAUGUAGACAUUGCUGUAUUGAACAGGGAAACGCAUUCAUUGAAUUUGAAUAAGAAUAAAGAUAAGAAUAGAACUAAA